CACACCUUCCACCACCGCAGCCGCAGCCGCUCCCUUGCUUCCUGCUUCUUUUUUUUUUGCUUCUCUUUUUUUUGCCGGUGAUUCUUCCGAUUCCACGGCUGUGAGAGGAGACGGCUGAAGUAUUUUGGAGGGGGGCGGUGAUGAGGUGAUGUGAGGAGGAUUUUUGUUGUGGUUGAGGUGUCGUGCGUGGAAAGAUCCGGAGAAGGGCGGAUCGGGUUUUUGGCCGGCGGCGAGCGAGCGGCGGCGGCGGCGGCGGCGACGUUGAGAGAUGCAGAGGGAGGUGGGGCCGCAGGUGGCCCCUCCGAUGUUCCUCCACCAGAUCCAGCAGCUACCUCCCCAUGCCACGGCGGCGAGGAAGCGCGGGAACCCGUGGCCCGCUGCGGCGGGGGCGGCGGAGGCUGCCGGAGGUGGGAACUGGAACCCCAGGAUGUGGGACUGGGAUAGCCGCGCCCUCACCGCGAAGCCGUCAUCCGAUGCGCUGCGCGUCAACGGGGGGCUGAGCCAGCAGCAGCAGCAGCAGCAACCGGCGGCAAAGGCUGCUGAGGCGCUACGGCAGGGCGGCGGGGGUAGCGGUGGGCUGAGUCUUCAGCUCGGCCUGCGGGAGGACGCGGCUACGCCGAUGGAUGUGAGCCCGGCGGCUACCAUGUCUUCUUCGCCUUCUCCGCCAGCGUCGUCGGCGCCGGCGCAGGAGCCAGUUGUUAGGCCGAGCAAGAGGGUCCGGUCUGGAUCGCCCGGAAGUGCCAGCGGAGGCGGCGGCGGUGGAAACUCAGGCGGAAGCUACCCGAUGUGCCAGGUGGAUGACUGCCGGGCGGAUCUGACCAACGCCAAGGAUUAUCAUCGGAGGCACAAAGUCUGUGAGAUGCACGGCAAGGCCAGCAAGGCGUUGGUUGGCAACCAGAUGCAGCGCUUCUGUCAGCAGUGCAGUAGAUUUCACCCGCUCUCCGAGUUUGAUGAGGGUAAGAGGAGCUGCAGACGUAGGCUCGCCGGCCACAACAGGCGGCGAAGAAAAACCCAGCCAACAGAUGUUGCUUCGCAGUUGCUGCUACCUGGAAACCAAGAAAAUGCAGCAAAUAGGACACAGGACAUUGUAAAUCUCAUAACGGUUAUUGCACGCUUGCAAGGCGGUAAUGUUGGUAAACUGCCCAGCAUUCCUCCCAUACCGGAUAAAGACAAUCUGGUCCAGAUCAUAAGUAAAAUAAACUCUAUAAAUAACGUGAACUCUGCUUCAAAGUCUCCUCCAUCAGAAGCUGUUGAUUUGAAUGCAACGCAAGGCCAACACCAAGAUUCUGUUCAAAGGACAACUAAUGGAUUCGAGAAGCAAACUAAUGGAUUCGACAAGCAAACUGUGCCAUCAACCAUGGACUUGCUAACAGUUUUAUCAACCGCCCUUGCAACACCAAACCCUGAUAGCAAUACAUCUCAGUCCCAAGGAAGCAGUGACAGCAGUGAUAAUAACAAGAGCAAGAGUCAUUCAACAGAGCCAGCUAAUGUUGUAAGUUCUCAUGAGAAAUCUAUCCGGGUUUUUUCUGCCACUCGUACGAAUGGUAUUCUUGAAAGUCCACCUGAAGUGUACAAGCAACCAGAGCAAGAAACGCGGCCAUACUUGUCACUACGGCUCUUUGGUAGCACCGAGGAGGAUGUUCCUUGUAAGAUGGAUACCGCCAAUAAGUACUUAUCUUCUGAGAGCAGCAAUCCUCUGGAUGAGAGAUCUCCAUCAUCCUCUCCACCUAUAACACACAAGUUUUUCCCCAUCCGCUCUGUACAUGAAGAGGACCGUAUUGCAGACUAUGGGGAAGAUACUGCGACAGUUGAGGUUAGCACAAGCCGGGCAUGGCAUGCACCACCACUUGAGCUUUUUAAGGAUUCAGAGCGGCCAAUUGAAAAUGGUUCACCACCAAAUCCUGCAUAUCAAUCCUGUUAUACCUCAACCUCUUGUUCAGAUCAUUCACCAUCAACUUCAAACUCAGAUGGGCAGGACCGUACUGGUAGGAUCAUAUUUAAGCUAUUUGGUAAGGAGCCAAGCACAAUCCCUGGGAACCUUCGUGGAGAGAUUGUGAAUUGGCUCAAACACAGCCCCACUGAAAUGGAAGGAUACAUUCGGCCAGGUUGCCUUGUACUAUCGAUUUAUCUGUCAAUGCCAACUAUUGCAUGGGAUGAACUUCAAGAAAACCUUCUCCAGCGAGUAAACACAUUAGUCCAAGGUUCUGAUUUGGACUUCUGGAGAAAAGGAAGGUUUUUAGUUAGAACUGAUACCCAAUUGGUGUCCUACAAAGAUGGAACAACACGCUUAUCAAAAUCAUGGAGAACAUGGAAUACCCCAGAGUUGACCUUUGUCUCACCAAUCGCUGUUGUUGGUGGGAGAAAGACCUCCCUCAUUCUUAAGGGACGUAAUCUGACGAUACCUGGCACUCAAAUCCACUGUACCAACACAGGGAAGUACAUAUCAAAAGAAGUACUGUGCUCUGCAUAUCCAGGAACAAUAUAUGAUGAUUCAGGUGUUGAGACUUUUGACUUACCUGGGGAACCACAUCUUGUUCUUGGGCGUUACUUUAUCGAGGUCGAGAACAGAUUCAGAGGAAACAGCUUCCCUGUUAUCAUCGCGAAUUCAAGUGUUUGUCAGGAACUGAGAAGUCUUGAAGCUGAGCUUGAGGGUUCACAGUUUGUCGAUGGCUCUUCAGACGAUCAGGCUCAUGAUGCUAGGCAAUUAAAGCCAAAAGAUGAAGUUAUGCACUUUCUCAAUGAAUUAGGAUGGCUCUUCCAGAAGGUGGCUGCUAGUGCAUCUGACGGAAAAUCUGAUCCUUCUGUUUUGGAUGUGAUUUACUUCUCAACUGCACGGUUCAGAUAUCUUCUGCUGUUUUCCAGUGAGAGGGACUGGUGCUCUCUUACUAGAACUCUUCUGGAAAUCCUUGUGAAGAGGAGUUUGGCCAGUGAUGAACUAUCACAGGAAACUCUGGACAUGCUAUCAGAGAUCCAUCUCCUGAACAGAGCAGUGAAAAGAAAAAGUAGCCAGAUGGCACGUUUGCUUGUACAGUUUGUCGUCUUGUGCCCUGACGAUUCCAAACUGUACCCCUUCCUUCCAAACGUUGCUGGCCCAGGUGGUUUGACUCCAUUGCACCUGGCUGCAUCCAUGGAGGAUGCAGAAGACAUUGUUGAUGCAUUGACAGAUGACCCUCAACAGGUCGGUUUGAGCUGUUGGCAUUCAGUGCUAGAUGAUGAUGGCCAAUCCCCUGAAACUUAUGCCAAGUUGAGGAACAACAAUUCGUACAAUGAGCUUGUAGCACAGAAACUGGUGGACAGGAAGAACCACCAGGUUACCAUAAUGGUUGGUAAAGAGGAAAUUCAUAUGGAUCAACCAGGGAAUGUUGGUGAGAAAAACAAAUCUGCAAUUCAAGCAUUGCAAAUAAGAUCAUGCAACCAGUGUGCUAUAUUGGACUCUGGCUUGCUAAGACGCCCAUUGCAUUCACGGGGAUUGCUUGCUCGUCCCUAUAUCCAUUCCAUGCUUGCGAUAGCAGCAGUCUGUGUUUGUGUUUGUGUAUUCAUGCGAGCUUUACUGCGGUUCAAUUCCGGUAGAACCUUCAAAUGGGAGAGACUGGAUUUUGGUACGAUAUAAUCUACAAAAGACAUAUUUAUAAGCUUUGUGGUGCUAUCAAGGAAAUACCUUACAACAGCCAAAAGGUUUGGAACCAGACAGCUUUUGACUGUUUUCCUUGGAACUGUCCAUUGAUACGAGUGGGAGAGUAUAUAAUCGUAAAGAUGAGCCCCUCCUUGAAAAGAAGUGUGGACUGGCGGGGAUGAAGUACCAAAGCACCUACUUUGGGGAGCGGAGAACCCUGAAAAUAUUGGAUUAAUCUGCGGAGAGUUGGCAAGUAGUUUUUGUGACAAGGCAUGUAUCAUCUGUGCCCCCGCAAGGUGAGAUGGGGGCGCUAAUAGUUCUGGGCAAAAAUGAGUAAGUAACCUUUGAUUUCUUUUUUUUGGGUGCAAUUGUGAAUCUGCUGCUGAAUGUAUCACAAGAUGGUGUUUAAUUACCUCGACAUGUCUUCACAAUUUUUUUUUUACCUUUUUGUGUAUUUAUACGGUGCUUUAGCAUGAAACUGGCUUCUGGUCUUUACAUAGUAGCAGGGGUAAUGGGGAAGGUAUCGUUGACAGUACCCAUGUAGCUAAAUACAAAUGAGGCAGAUUUACAAGUUUAUCCUUAUCUGUUU